AUGGAGCGCGUCGCAUCCGUCGCAUCCGUCGCGGGGACGCGCGCUGGAACGCGAAAUCGCGCGAGCGGCGGCGCCCGCGGGAAGACGCGCGCGAUCGCGACGCCCGGCCCGUUCGGAGGGACCCACGCGCGUCGCCGUCGUCGUCCCGAGUCGAUCGGGCACCGUCGGGCUCCGUCGAGGUCGGCACCUUCAUCCGUCGCGUGCGCUGGAACCGGCGCGGGCGCGCGCGACGGGGACGACGCGCCGGUUCCCGAGCUCGCGCGCCUCGCCAAACUCCUCCGCGUCAACGCCGGCGUCGAGCUCGCGGGCGCCGUCGCGGUCGCCGCCAACCCCGCGUCGGUCUUUCCCGGCAUCGCCGGCUCGGGGGUCGAGUGCUCGCGGUGGUACGCGCUCGCGCUCGGAAGCGUCGCGAUCGCGUCCUUCCUGGCGUCCAAGCUGGACGUCACGAACGCGCGCGCCGCGACGGCGACGGCGACGCCCGUCGUGGGGGGGAUGCUCGCGUACCACGUGGGGAUAUCCGCGUUCCAGGUGAACGCGUUCGCCGCGGGAGCGUGGACGACGGCGACGGCGGGGGCGCUGCUCGUGCACGGGUGCUUAGCGGCGGCGUUCGCGCUCGCCGCGGCGUUCUGCUCGAAGGAGCGGUGA